CAUUCGUCACCCCAUCAAAGCAAUCCCAGGACCUCCAGCUAAUCAUAGCAGCCACUCGACUCGAUUCGAUUCGAUCUUUCUCGGCGUCUCGAGCUCCCCAUUCUUCGAUCUCAUUCCAUCCAUGGCGCCGUCCAUCUCCAUUGCCGCCGCCUCGCCGGCCUCGGGCUGGAAGAGCGGCAGGAAGGCCGGGGCGGCGCCGGCGGAGGGCGAGGCGGAGAAGGAGGCGCUGCUGCUGCGGCGCCGCAACGCCGAGCUGGAGCGGGAGGUGGCGCUGCUGCGGGCGGAGCUGGAGGCCGCGCGGCUGCGCGCCGAGGCCGCGGAGGAGGCCGAGGAGCGGCUGUGCGCGCAGCUGGGCGAGGCCGAGUGCGAGGCCCUCGAGCUCGCGCGCGCCUACCAGGGCCACGUCCAGGAGCUCGCGCGGGAGCUCGCCGCCGCACGCAGCAGAUAGCGGAGCGCCGAGGCCGAGCUCGUCGGUGAUUCUUUGACGAUCGACGAAGAGACGUGUCGCGCUCUCGACACACGCGGUGCGGCGGCAGUAUAGAUUUCUAGACAAAUGUAAAACGAGGUUAAUUAGUAUUUUCUUGUCCGAGUAUAGAUUCCUAGCAAGAUGUCCGAGUAAAAAGAUGGCAGUGUUUCUAACUUGUAGGACUACAAUUUGAAUAGCAGGGCGGAAGUAUAUAUUCCUUCCUCCAGAAAUAUUUGUCGAAGAAAUAGAUGUAUUAAAUAUAAUUUAGUUAUUGCA